AUGUCUUACAACAAGGCCGAGAAGGACUUCGGUGAGGGUCCCAAGAUCCACAAGAUCCGAAUCACCCUCACCUCUCGCAACGUCAAGUCCCUCGAGAAGGUCUGCCAGGAGCUCAUCGACCGUGCCAAGAACAAGGAGCUCCGCGUCAAGGGUCCCGUCCGUCUGCCCACCAAGCACCUCAAGAUCACCACCCGCAAGACCCCUUGCGGUGAGGGUUCCAAGACCUGGGACACCUACGAGAUGCGCAUCCACAAGCGUCUCAUUGACCUCCACGCCCCCACCGAGGUCGUCAAGCAGAUCAUCAUCAACAUCGAGGCCGGUGUCGAGGUUGAGGUCACCAUCGCUGCUUAA